UCCACUUCCCCUCGUUUCCACUUGUUGCGCAGCGUGCUCCAGUCGGCCACACGAUGGCACCCUCUGCCGUGCUUACGGCGGUGAACAGCCAUGAAGGCUGCCCUGUGAGGGAAUCCGAAGCCUCGCCGAGGUAUUGCGUUUGCCGCUGUGGAUCACCGCUUGGAAGGACCGAAGCCGCACAUUCGCCGUCAGAGCGCUCCCGACGUCCCGGAUGGAGACGGACUUUGCGCUAUCAGGACUCCUUUCUCCAGAAUAUGGCUGUCAUCCACACUAACAGACUUCACACUGAGCCAGAAAAGCUUGGCCCAAACUGGUCCAGUCACAUCCAGCCUACCUGAUCCUGAACUCACAGAUGUGGACCUAGGUGCUACUGUUAAAAUGCAAAUAACUCUGGUUGACAUUUCAUAUCUUUCUUCAAAAAGUCAAACAGAAAAGGUAUUUCUUUAGUUCAGGAUUUUCUCCACACUGUUAUGUUUUAUUCAUUCUCCAGAACUUGAUUGUAAAGUCCUGAGUAUAGCUGGUCUCAGCGGACCGCUCCUUCAGGGUCAGAAUGCACCAGCUGUUUAGUCGGGUCCUCAGCCAGAGGGACCUGUCCAGAGCAGGAGACCUGUUCUCUCUAGAGGACACGGAGAUCGAAGACGGCCUGUCUGAAGCUCUGGAUCAGAUCAAGGACAUCUCCUGUUCACCAGACUAUUUGACCAACGACAAUGAUCAGGCCGUGGUCGAGAUUUGCAUCACACGCAUCACCACGGCCAUCCGAGAGACCAGCUCCAUCGAGCGACACAGCACGGCCCUGGUGGGCCUGUGGGAGUCUUGUCUUGAACAUAACCUGACUCCUCAAGGGGAAAGCACAGAAGACACGCCGCACGCAAAGAUAGCCUCUGACAUCACCAGCUGCAUCCUGCAGAACUACAGCUGCCCCUCAGUCAUGGCGCUGGCUGUUCCAGUGGCGAUGCGAUUCCUGCAGAGAGGGAACCGAGAACUGAGCAGGAACAUGUCCAGCUAUCUCUCUCUGGCUGCUAUAGCAAAAGCUGACUUGCUGGCUGAACAUACAGAGGCCAUAACCGUCAGUGUCCUGGGAGGUAACCACAUGAUGCUACGUGUGCUGCCAUCAGUCUACCCCAAACAGCCACACACUAUCCACCAUCACCUGGGCAGCCUUACAGCGAUGAUGCUCCACCUGGAGACACCUGAGCAACAACACUUGAUCAGACUUAUUCAGAUGGUUGCAGAGCAGCAUCCACUUAUGCUGAGCACACAUGUGCCCACACUGGUCAAUUACCUGAGUGAGCCCACUCUGACUGAGGCUUUGUUGGGAGCUCUUGUGGAUGUUUCCCAGGCCAGCCCCUCGUCACUGGUCAGCUUUUUGCCAGGUCUAAGGCUGGUGGGACAGCAGUCUGCUGCUUUUCUCAGUCAUGUAGCCAAAAUCCAUGGUGCUAUUGGCAUCCUCAGUGAGACCCAUGCCCACAACUCAUUGGUCUACCUGGUGUCCCUCCUGGGCAGUAUGGAGCACAACUUUCACCACACCUUGCUGCAGGAGAUCAGAGCUCUGACUGACAGAUACCCAUCGUUACUGGGAGGCUGUGGGAAAGACAUCUACAGAAUGAGCAACUCAUUCACUGCCAUAGCCAGAGUGUUGGAAAGACGACUGGAGGACAAAACCACGCUUCACUGCAGGGUGGAAGAGGCAUGUCCGUCUUCAGGUGGAUCUCUUCCCGCUGGUCGAGGAGGAGGGACAUCUGAGCAGCGACUGCAGGUGAAAGUCCAGAAUUUUGACGAGAAAACACAACAUGUAGGAGCGACGGAGGAGGAUGGGGAGGAUUCUCCUCCGCAGCAGCGACGCCACAGCCUGAGCCAAGGCGUCGAGGAGGAGAGACGGGAGAUGAGAUUCAACAGGUCAAAGAGUCUGGCUCUUCACAUUGUGCGUUCACACUCCAUCAGCUCAGAUACAGGAGAGGACAGUGAAGCUCCACAGCCAGGCACAGAGAACUGCGUUUCCAAUGCUCAGCCUAAUCAGCCCACAGACGGCCAUGAAGUCUCACCGGCAGAAAAGAAACUGACAAGUGACAACUCCCCGUCUGUCACAGCAGAGAAAAAGGAGGUGGAAAAAGCUGAGAUUAAAGAUCUGAACAGAGAGGAAGCAGAACAGGAGCAAGCUGACAGACUCUUCAUUCAUUUAAGAGACAAUAUGGAGGCGAUCAGGGAGUUCUGCAACGACAUGGUGAAGCGGAUCCCGGUUCCAGAGCAGUGUGUGAUUGAAGAUUCGAAUCGAGGCUGCGUGGCCAAGCUCUCGUUCUCCUGUCCCCUGAAGGGCUUCUACUGCCUGUACGCCAAAUCCAGUUUCCUCCUGACCAGCCAACAGCCUCACCUUUGGAUUCACAUCAUGCUGCUGCAUCUACAGAGUAAGUCAAGUGCCACUCUGUGCAGUAGAGACAAAAGUGUCGAAAGAUUAGCUUCACUUUGGGAGAAGACGCAGCUUAAAGGAUCACACAGCUUUUCCAUGGCCAUGACACAACAAUCCACCCCACAAAGAAAGGACCUGGACAACCUUCACAUCCAGCUGGAGGAGGUGCGCUUCUUUGACCUGUUUGGGUUCAGCGAAGAGGAGAGGGGCUGGCUUUGCUUCAUGUGUAACAACCCUGAGAAGGCCACAGUCGUGAACCAGGAAGGACAACCUCUGAUCGAAGGGAAGCUGAAGGAGAAACAGGUCCGCUGGAAGUUCAUCAAGCGCUGGAAGACCCGCUAUUACACCUUGGCAGGGAACCAGCUCCUCUUCCGCCGGGGAAAAUCUAAAGAUGAGCUGGAUGACAUCCCCAUAGAGCUGAGCAAAGUGCAGAGUGUCAAGGUAGUAGCAAAGAAACGCCGGGAUCGGGGUCUGCCAAGGGCCUUCGAGAUCUUCACAGACAACAAGACAUACGUGCUGAAAGCUGAGGAUGAGAAACACGCUGAGGAGUGGCUGCAGUGCAUCAGUGUAGCCAUGGCUCAGGCCAGAGAGAGGGAGAACAGAGAGGCCACCACCUACCUAGAAGAAAUAGAAACAAUCACUACUGAUAACUUGAGGAAGUGGGCGAAGAGCCAAGUUGGUUGGUGUGAAGUGGAUCGUCUAAACAACAAGGUUUCUGUCCCUUCUUGGGCCUCCAAUGCUAGCUCUGAUAUGUAAACUCAGAGCAGGAAGGCUGUUUCCUGCAGAUAUUGUACAAUAAUUUUGAACAAAGAUUAGCUAUCUAUUCCACAUGUAGACGUCAAUCCUGCUGAUGAUGGAACAUUGACUUGUUUAACCCAGAUUUGUUAUGCAGUAUUUGUAGUAUAUAAAAUAAGAAACCAGCAAAAAUAGGCUGUAUGUAUUGCUAGCUUGAAGUAUCGAUCCAUUUUUACAGCACUGUACCUACUGUUACCUGUGGGCAAGAUCUGUUUGUAUGUUACACACAUUCAUCAGUGAUCACACGCAAAAUACAAAAUCCUGUAGUAUCUAUAAAUGACUCAGAUAAAACAACAUAGAAAUUCUCAUUUUUGCUCUAUUUUACUUUGAGAUAAAUAGUGGGUACAAUGUAAAAAAAAAAUGCUUUGAAGCUGAUUUAGAUUUGAUGAUUUUAUACAUCUUUUUAUGUCGACACAUUAAACUUACAAAGUACAAUGACAUAUUACAAAAUCGGUGGAGUCAGCUAAAGACUUAAGCUAACUUUUGGCUAGCCUUUAAUAUGCAUUCCUUUUUCCAAGACGUCAAAGUAUUUUAUGACCGAUUUUUUUAUGUGCAACUUUUACGUGCCUAGAUGGCCUAAAUAAUUCUGCAUCCCAGAUUUUCAUUGCAGUUCAUUUUUAUCACCUACUUUUCUUUCUGUUGAAGUUCUUGAAGUAAUGUUUCUCAUAAGAGAAGUGGCUGGAAAUUCAAAUGGUCCAAGUAUCUCCUUUUACAAUCUUGUUGUGUUUUCCUAGUAGGUUUUUUUUUUUAUCUUUCCAUAGGAGAAAUGUACUCUUGAAAUUUACUUCAUAUUUUACAAAGAACUCAUUUAGCUCAUAGAGUGCUCCAUUGUGAAAUCCAGACCAGAAAACAUUAAGAAAACAAUGAAGUUUCAUCUCAUAUCUGCUUUGAUAACUGGGAUUUUGAAGAUUUUAUUUAAUAUUAAAUAUAAGACACCAAUAGAUAUUAUUUCAUAAAUUCAUCUCUUAUUUUGAUUUGGUCGGGGUUAAUAAAAUAAAAAUAUUUGGAAAAUAACUUAUAACUAUUGUUUACCUGUAAUUUGAGUUACAGAUACAGUAUGGAGGGUAGACUGGGGCAAAAUAAGUAAUGGUGGGGUAUGAAAUGAGGGGCACAAAUUGGCAAAGAAGUGAACCGCUCCAGAUCCAUCUAAAACCAAAUGAAGAGCACCAAAACCAAAUGUCUAACAAAAUGUAUCACCCUUUAAUCUGUUUGUUGGCUUUUGGUCAAAAAAUGUUGUUUUUCAUUCUGUUAUUUUAAUUUGAAAAAUCUAUUUUCUUGAGGGGUGAUUUAACUACUAGACCCAGAACUUCCAGCUUUUCCCAGGAUGUUAGUUUCCUUCUGACUCCUAGCUGCUUUUUUGUGUCACCACUGUGAGGUUCACUGUGAGUCUCUUGAUUAGCCAUUGAUUAUGUAAGCGAGGGGUCAUAGUACAGAAAAACACAGAAAAACACACUAAAACCACUGAUGGGGAGUAAGUAUUUUGCGGACUAUAAACCGCUAUUUUUUUCCCACGCUUUGAACCAUGCAGUUUAUAAUCCGGUGCGGCUUUUCUGUGGAUUUUUCUUCAACCACCAGGGGGCUCUUUAGCAGGAAGACAAAAUUGGAAAUAAAAGAAGAAAGCCCUAAUUUUCUUUUAGAACAAGUACAUGCUAGCAUCAGGCACGAUGGAGAAAUUUCUUCAAACUCAUCAAGGAAACAACACGAAGAAAAAGAUGCGUGUUUAAGUUGAAGGCUGUCGAUCUAGCAGUACAGGAGGGAGACAGAUCCUCUGCAUGUAAGCUCGGCUUGAAUGAAUCCAUGGUUCGGUGUUGGAGACGGGCGCAGCCCUCUGCUGUGUCCAUGUGGAAACCCGGAGCGGGGGAGAUACCAGCGGCUUAUAGCCCGGUGCGGCUUAUAUAAAUGUAGUUUCCAGUUGUUGUUUUUUUGUUUUGUUUUUUAUUAUUUGUAGGUGCGGCUUAUCGUGAGGUGCUCUCUAUAGUUGACCUUAAAGGUAUAAAGAGUCGUUACAAAGUCCGCUAUGCUGUAUCAAAGUUUAACAAGAUUUUGAAUUCGUUCCCUUUUUUCACUUUAGACAAGCGAAAAAAUGUUUAUGAGUUAACUCUGGAACGGAACAAGAGACACUUCAUAGUAAAAUGGAGUUUGUAACAUGUCUAGACUUUUAUUGAUUAAAAGUCCCAAAGUAACCAGUGAACAAACAUCACCGCAACAGCAGCAUAACUGAGUUGUGGUUGUUUUGAUUGUGCAUCUGAGCAGAAAAAUGUUAAAACCUGAAAUAUUACUUUGAGCAGAGGAAUUUAGUCUCUUUUCCGCUGAAGAUGGCUAAAAACAGACACUAUAUAUUUUAAAUGAGUUACAGUUCAUACGCCCAUACACACUAGUGAGUAGGAAAACAAUGCUACCAAAUCACCUUUCUUUAUAUUUAAGAACUACAGUAUUUCCGGUUCAGGUAAACAGGACUGUUGUGUUUUGACAUAUUUUUGAUGUGUCAACAUGCUGUCAUGAAAAUGCUAAAUGUUAGAGACAUCUUUCAAAAGGUCAUGUCAGUGUAAUAUUGUAUUCUUGUAUUUUUACGGUUGAAAUUGCUGACCAGAUAAAAUUGAAUCACCUCCCUGCAGUCGUCUCUUGUUUGUAUGAACACUUUGUCCCGAAAUGGUCACAUCUGCUUCAGUGUUCUGUACCAUUCUUAGUCAAGAUCAAGGUAAGCCGAUUUAGGUAACCUCUGCUCCCUAAAAGUAAGGUUCAGCUGCUCUGUGUAUGGAUUUAGUAAUGUUUGAAAUUAAAAGUGGGAUAAUGGAGCAUGAACCCUCUGUCAACCAUGUGGGGUUUCCAAAUCCAUGGGCAGCUGCUUGUUUCAUUUGACCACAAAACUCUUAAAGGCAGCUCUGUAGCCUCUCCCUCGUGUCCGUCAGUCCGUUCCACACAUAGUUCAUUUAUGUCUCAUGCUGGAGAAUAGUAUGACGCUGCUUUCCAAAGAUAUAAAGCUCAAUGUCCAGCUCAAUUUAAACAAACACUGUGAAGAUGAUUCAUACAGGUUGUCUGAAUGUUUCAAUUAAUUCCCUUCAACCUUGUGGAAUAUGAAUCAUAUUUAUUUUUUCUUCCUUUUUGAUGUUUGAUUAAAUUUGAUUUUGAUGAAAGGUCAGUAUUUAUUAUGUGUUUUUAAGGCCUCAAACAAUGAAUGACGGAUGAAAUGUUGUCUCCUCCUCUGUCUUACUGUUCUUUCCCUGGUUUUAUAACUAUUAAAUUCAAAUGAAUACAUACAAAUGAAAGCUGUAUUGACAAUAAAAUAGUAUUGUUUUGUGG